AUGGCGGUGGUGGCGGAGGAUCCCAAGGAUACCAGAGCCAAGGAUCAUCUUGCCAUGGAGGAGGAGGAGGCAGCAGUGGCUACGGUGGAGGUGGUGGUGCUAUUUACCAGACCCACAUAUCAUCGCCCCCCUUCGGAGGAGAAGGAGGUUCAGGCCACCAGAGCCAAGGAUCCAUUGGUGGCGGCGGUGGAGGUGGAGGAGGUGGUGGUGGUUCAGGCCACCAGGGACAAGGACCCAUCUGCAUUAUUGGAGGAGGAGGAGGAGGAGGUGGUGGUGGUGGAGGCAGUGGUGGUUCAGGCCACCAGAGUCAGGGUCCCAUCUGUAUUAGUGGAGGUGGAGGAGGAGGAGGAGGAGGGGGAGGAGGAGGAGGAGGUGGUGGUUCAGGUCAUCAAAGCCAAGGCCCCAUCUGUAUUGGUGGAGGAAGCAGUGGUGGUGGUGGAGGUGGUUCCAGCCAACAAAGCCAAGGCCCCAUCUGCAUUGGUGGAGGUGGUGGUGGUGGAGGUGGUGGUUCAGGUCAUCAGAUUCAAGGCCCCAUCUGUAUUGGUGGAGGAAGCAGUGGUGGUGGAGGAGGUGGCUCUGGCCAUCAGGGCCAAGGUCCCAUCUGCAUCAUUGGAGGAGGUAGUGGUGGAGGAGGCGGUUCCAGCCACCAGAACCAAGGCCCCAUCUGCAUUGGAGGUGGUGGAGGAGGAGGUGGUGGUUCAGGUUAUCAAAGCCAAGGCCCCAUCUGCAUUGGAGGUGGUGCAGGUGGUGGUGGUGGUGGUGGUGGUUCAGGUCAUCAAAGCCAAGGCCCCAUCUGUAUUGGUGGAGGAAGCAGUGGUGGUGGUGGUGGAGGAGGCGGUUCUGGCCAUCAGGGCCAAGGUCCCAUCUGCAUCAUUGGCGGAGGUAGUGGAGGAGGAGGUGGUGGUUCCAGCCAUCAGGGCCCCAUCUGCAUUGGUGGAGGUGGUGGUGGUGGCGGAGGCGGUUCCAGCCACCAGAGCCAAGGCCCCAUCUGCAUUGGAGGUGGUGGAGGAGGAGGUGGUGGUUCAGGUCAUCAAAGCCAAGGACCCAUCUGCAUUGGAGGUGGCAGGCCAAGGCCCAAUAUGCAUUGGAGGUGGCAGCAUCGGAGGAGGAGGUGGUGGUUCAGGCCACCAGGGUCAAGGAUCCAUCUGCAUCAUUGGGGGAGGUAGCUCAGGAGGAGGUGGCAGUGGAGGUGGUUCAUCCAGUUCUGGAGUCAUUGCCAGACCAAGAAGGUCCAGUGGGUGUCACAGCGGUGGCUCCUCCUGCUGUGGGGGCUCCAGCUCAGGCAGCAGCGGGGGCUCUGGCAAGAUCAUUGUCAGCUCUGGAGGUGGAGGAGGUGGAUCCUGCUGCAGUGGGGGCUCCUCAGGCUACAGCAUGGGAGGAGGCUACAGUGGUGGAUCCAGUGGAGGAUCUGGCCAGAAGAUUAUUGUUAGCUCAGGUGGGGGAGGAGGAGGCUGCAGUGGGGGAUCCAGUGGUGGAUCUUCAGGGGGCAAGAUCAUCAUUGGAGGUGGAGGUGGUGGGGGUUCCGCUGGAUGUUGCAGUGGAGGAUCCAGCAUGGGAGGAGGAUCCAGUGGUGGGUCUUCAGGAUCAAAGAGCAUCAUUGGAGGGGGAGGUAGUGGAGGUUCCUCUGGAUGUUGCAGUGGGGGAUCCAGUGGUGGGUCUUCAGGGGGCAAGAUCAUCAUUGUAGGUGGGGGUAGUGGGGGAUCUUCUGGAGGCUAUAGUGGAGGAUCCAGUGGUGGGUCUUCAGGGUCAAAGAGCAUCAUCGGAGGGGGAGGUAGUGGAGGUUCCUCUGGAUGUUGCAGUGGGGGAUCCAGUGGUGGGUCUUCAGGGGGCAAGAUCAUCAUUGUAGGUGGGGGUAGUAAUGGGGGAUCAUGUGGAUGCUGCAGUGGAGGAUCCAGCUAUGGCAUGGGAGGAGGAUCUAGUGGUGGAUCUUCAGGAUCAAAGAGCAUCAUUGGAGGUGGAAGCAGUGGAGAUUCCUCUGGAUAUUGCAGUGGGGGAUCCAGUGGUGGGUCUUCAGGGGGCAAGAUCAUCAUUGUAGGUGGGGGUAGUAGUGGGGGUUCCUCUGGAUGCUGCAGUGGAGGAUCCAGCUAUGGCAUGGGAGGAGGAUCCAGUGGUGGGUCUUCAGGAUCAAAGAGCAUCAUUGGAGGUGGAAGCAGUGGGGGUUCCUCUGGAUGUUGCAGUGGAGGCUCCUCAAGCUACGGCAUGGGAGGAGGCUACAGUGGUGGAUCUAGUGGGGGAUCUGGCCAGAAGAUCAUUAUCAGCUCAGGUGGGGGAGGAGGAGGAUCAUCUGGAGGCUGCUGCAGUGGGGGAUCCAGUGGUGGGUCUUCAGGAGGCAAGAUCAUCAUUGGAGGUGGAAGUGGUGGCGGUUCCUCUGGAUGCUGCAGUGGAGGAUCCAGUGGUGGCAGUGGCAGUUCCUCGGGCCAGCCAAUCAUCAUCAGCUCUGGAGGGGGCAGCGGAGGGUCCUACCAGUCCUCGCAGCAGAAAUGUCCUAUUGUCAUCCCCCACAUCGAGUCCCACCAAACCAAGCAAUCCUGCUACUGGCCCCCCAGCCAGCAGAAGUAA